GCAGAGUUCAAGUCUGAACGGAAAGUAGGCAUUUCCCAGGCCCCCCACCCCGGCUCCUUCCCCCCCCCCCCUCCUGCUCCUUUUAAACCGGCGUCCGAUCCAAGAACGCACCCAAGAGGCCUUUAUGCAGAGAGAGUGUCGCACACGGGCCAGUGUACCGUGGUGGCCACUAAAGCCUUGAUUGAAGAUGAAAAGGUGCUUCGAAGGUGUCGGGCUGGGAUGCCUUCUCAAGGAUGGGAACCCGGUGGCCACGCAGUCCCCCAAAUACCUCCUCAUCUUUGACUUUGACGAGACAAUCAUCAACGAGAACAGCGACGACUCAGUCCUCCGGGCUCUUCCUGGGAAGCAGCUCCCAGAGUCGAUCCGCCAAACCUACCGAGAGGGUUUCUACAACGAGUACAUGCAGAGAGUGCUAAAGUACAUGGGAGACCAAGGUGUGAAGAUGGCGGACUUCAAAGCCGUCUAUGAGAACAUCCCCCUCACUCCUGGCAUGCGUGACCUCUUCCAGUCCCUUUCCCAACAUCAGGAUCGCUUCGAGACCAUCCUCAUCUCUGACGCCAACAUGUUUGGGAUCGAAUGUGCCUUGAAGGCCACCGGGGCCUACCCCCUCUUCCGCAAAAUCUUCAGUAACCCUUCCAGCUUUGACAAAAGGGGCUACUUCACCUUAGGCCCUUACCACUCGCACAACUGCCCAAGAUGUCCGGCUAACAUGUGCAAGCGCAAGAUCCUGACAGAAUACCUGGCCGAGAGGGCUCACAAGGGAGUCAGGUUUGAGAAGGUCUUCUACGUGGGGGAUGGAGCCAAUGACUUCUGCCCGUCUGUGACUCUGAAGACCACGGAUGUGGCGUUCCCAAGAAAAGGCUACCCGAUGCACCGGCUGAUCCUGGAGAUAGAGAAAAACCAACCUGGGAAAUAUCAGGCUCUGGUAGUUCCUUGGGAUUCAGCUCUAGAAGUCUGGAGCUUCCUCCAAGAAGCUCUCAAGAAGAAAAAUUGAGGAUGCAAGACCUGGUGUUGGAAGAAACAGCUCUGUUAUCACUUUCCAAGCUGCAUACCUCUCUUGUGCUUGGGGUCAAUGCUGGGUUUUCUCCCUCUUGGUCUCUCAAAGCCUUUGUCUCUGGAUCUUCCCUUCCUUUGGUCUUGGGAUGAGGGUUCUCUAUGCAGUUAGGAAAUCCAUUCAAAGAAGGGUGGAUGGAUGGAUGGCCAUUUUAGCUCUGUAUUCAUCUUUUGAAAACUUCUUUUGCUUCCAAGCUCCCUAAACUCAUUCUCUCUCAAGCACAUUCUCAGAAGCAUUUGGGGGAUCUGGGGAAGGUUUCUGCCACCACCAAAGCACUUAAGCCCCAGGGUAGGGGUUAAAAUUAGUAACUUU